AUGAGAUAUCAACUCCCACAGGCCACGGAGGGGAGCCUCGUCCAGUCCGAGGGCGCGACCGUCGCGGCCCACGAAGACUGGAGCCUAUCGGCCCCGGAGUCCAUCGAGGCCUGCGUCCACAGCCUCGUCAAGAGGACGAGCUACAUCCUGCCUUCGGCCCAAGCCGUCUGCUCCUGGGACCUGGAAGAUGGCCUCACUUACAGAGAGCUUGACCAGUUGUCCAGCAGGCUGGCAUACCAACUGGCGGGGGAGUCUGUGAAGCUCGGCGCAAAGGUCGUUGUCUGUUUUGAAAACACGUGGCUUGCCCCUGUCGCCAUGCUGGCCCUCAUGAAGAUCGGUGCCGUGUCCGUCGGUGUGGAUGUGACGCGGCCAGAAGCCGAGCUCCGUCUGAUCACGACUCAAGCGGACGCACCCAUCAUUCUCACUUCGCCGGCAUGCGAGCCACUUGCUCGAAACCUUCACUACACUGAAAAGGUUAUUCUCCUCAGCCGCGAAACACUCUCAUCAAACGUAACCCGGAGAGGCAGGGAGCUGCCGGUGGUGACGCCCUCGGAUGCUGUCUGCCUGCAUUUCGGCACCAACACCAGCUCGGCGGCGGCAAAGGAUGAAGUCUCCAUCGCACAUCGUAGCUUCGGUACCGCCAUCACAUAUCAGCAACUCGCUCUGGGGCUCAACGAAACCUCACGCCUCUUGGCCUCGGAGCCCAUUUCAUCCUUGGCAGGCUUCUACAGCGUGUUCGCGUGCCUCAUGAGCGGCGCGUGCCUCUGCAUUCCUGCCCAAAACUCAUCAUCAGACAGCUCCAUCGAAGCGCUGCGAGCAAACUGCGUAGCUGUGACGCCCGACUUUGCUCAUACGCUCGAUGUUUUCAAACUGUCCCGCUUAAUCCAGCUGAGGCAAAUCGGCUUGGCCAGGGGGGAUGGAGUUUCCUCCGCUGCCUCGCUCGUUGCACAAUCGGCAGCGGCAGGAAUCAAAAACGGUCAUCUCAAUGGCCAUGCCAACGGCCAUGCCAAAGGCCACGCAGGUGAUGGAAUCCCAUCACAUUUCGAACCGGAAAUCAAAAUCGAAUGCGGAUCUGACGGACCGGACGACGCACCCUGGGAGAGCCUCGAGAGCAGCACGGCGACGAUUGUGACGGAUGUUCAGGACAACGGGCACAUCUACGUCCAAGAAAAGGACAAGAUCAACAUCCACUAUGAGCCAAUCGAGCUGAGUGAUCCAUCGGAUGCGUCCGUCACAACAACGCAGGAGACUUCGAGCCUCGAGGAUCGAGACAUCGGCGAGCCGGCCGUCGCACCCUUCUCCCUCCUCGGAGCGUCGGUUGACAAGGACGAUGUACGCUCCCAAGUUGCCCGAUUGUGCCGUGUCAAGGAGUCUGCCGUCGUCGACAUCAUGCCUUGCACGUCCCUGCAGCAAGGCCUCCUCGCCCUGACGACCAAGCGACCUGGGGAUUAUGUCGCAAAAAACAUUCUUGAAGUGGCGCCAACCGUUGACAGUGAGACGUUCCGCCGCACCUGGGAUCGGGUUGUGGCAAGAAAUCCAAUCCUGCGAACUCGCAUUGUCAGUCUGCCGGCUCAUGGCAUCGUCCAAGUCGUCUUGGACGAGGACGCAAGCUGGACGGUGGGUGAAACGCUCGAGGAGAUUGAAAAAGACGAGUUGAUCAUGGGUCUCGGCACACGUUUGACUCGCUUUGGCCUUUGCGGAGGCUCUACCGGACCGCGUCAGUUUGUCUGGGAGAUACACCACGCCCUGUACGACGGUUGGACUCUUCCUCUGUUUCUUGCUGAAGCGGAAAAUUUAUACUUCAACGAACCAACCCAGCCCUUGGCGCCCAUGAACGGCUUCAUCAAAUACAUUCUCGACCGAGAGCCCGCCGUCGAGAAGGCAUACUGGCAAAGGUGCUUUGCCAACUUCCAGGGACCUCAUUUUCCUACACCGCGGACGGCAUACGACCCUCGACCAGACUGCCAGAUGAACAUAUCCAUGUCCGACCUGGCCUGGGGAAGCCACGACUUCACGCCCGCCACCAUUCUCCGCGCAGCCUGGGCCAUCGCGCUGGCGAAUGGUUCCGGCUCCAACGAGGCCGUCUUCGGAGCCACCGUCACCGGUCGCCAAGCACCAGUCCCUGGAAUAGAGCUCAUGGCCGGUCCGACCAUUGCCACGGUCCCUGUCAGGGUGGUCCUGGACUGGCAGACGAACUUUGACCAGCUGCUUGAUACCGUCCAGCUUCAGGCUACCGAGAUGAUUCCGUAUGAGCAGACGGGACUCCAGAAGAUGGCACGCUUCAGCGACGAAGCCGCCGUGGGCUGCCAAUUCCAAUCUCUUCUCGUCGUCCAACCUGCUGAAAAGGGCGAGGACUCGACAUCGGUAGCGCGCUCGUUCCUGACCGAGUCCGCCGAAUCGCGCCACGACACGCAGUGGAAGGAUUUCGCGACGUACCCGAUUGUCAUUGAGUGCCAGCUCGACACGAGCGCGGCCCAGUUCCGGAUUGCCUUCGACUCGAGCAUCAUCGGUCAGCAGCAGAUGGAGCGGGUGGCGCAGAGUUUCCAGGAUACGCUGCGACAGCUGUCUGACAGCAAGCUCGGCAAGCAGUCUCUGAGGACCUUGGCCGACGACGGGCUUGACCGUAUUUGGGCUCUCAACGCGGUGCUUCCUCCGGCCACGGAAGGGCGCGUGCACGACUUGAUCGGGCAGUGGGUGAAGGAGACGCCCGAGGCUGUUGCCGUCUGCGCCUGGGAUGGCGAGUGGUCCUACGAGGAGGUGGAUCGGCUGUCGACCAAACUUGCCCUCCAUCUCGUCGGCAAAGGUGUUGCAGGCACUAGAAUUCCACUCCUUUUCGAAAAAUCCAAGUGGAUGCCGAUCGCGGCCGUCGCCGUCAUGAAGGCUGGCGCGGCCUCCAUCUCGGUGGACACAAAACAACCCCCUGAGAGACUCCAGACGAUCCUCGCCCAAGCAGACUCGCCCAUCGUUCUGUCUUCGGUUCAGAACAAGAAUCUAGCCAGUCAGCUGGGCGGAAAAUUUGACGAGGUCAUUCUCGUCGGUCCUGAGCAGGCCUGGCCGUCGUCCGAGGGCGCGGAGCUGCCGUCGGUCUCCCCGUCUCAGGCUUUGUACAUUGUCUUCACCUCAGGCUCAACAGGCGUGCCCAAGGGCGCCAUCAACACUCACCGAGGUUUCUGCAGCGCCAUUACGUACCAGCAAGAGGUAUUGGGAUUUUCCAACACCACGCGAGUCUUUGACUUUGCCUCGUACGCCUUCGAUGCCUCCUGGUGCAACUUGCUCCAUGCCUUGACGGCUGGCGGUUGCCUUUGCAUUCCGUCCGCGACGGAGAGAGACAAUGACCUCCCAGGGUGUAUCGAAAGGUACAACGUUACCUCGGUCGAUCUUACGCCCUCCGUCGCUCGCAUUGUUGGCAAGCACGCUCUCUCGCGGCUCUCGACCCUCAUCCUUGGAGGCGAGGCCGUCAUCAAGGGGGAUGCGUAUCUGGCAGGUGACAAGACGCAGAUCAUCAACGUCUACGGACCCGCAGAGUGCACGCCCACGGCGACCUUGUCGGAAAUAACACCGGAGAACAUUGGCAUCGGCCGGGGUGCUGGUGCCUGCACCUGGGUGGUCGACCCUGAAACCGGAGCUCUGAGCCGUUUCGGGGCCACCGGCGAGCUUUGGCUCGAAGGUCCCUUGGUUGGUGAUGGAUAUGUCAAUGACCCAGAAAAGACGGCCGCUGCUUUCAUCGAGGAUCCCGCUUGGUUGGUUCAAGGAAUUCCGGAGCGGCUAGGUCGGGCCGCGGUGCCGGGUCGUCGCGGCCGGCUCUACCGCACCGGUGACCUCGUGCGAUAUCAGGAAGACGGCACCCUCAUCUUUUCGGGACGAAAAGAUACCCAGGUCAAGAUCAGAGGUCAGCGUGUCGAGCUUGGUGAGGUAGAGCAACACGUAAUCAACGAGCUCGCCCAGGGACUCGCGAGCAACGGCAUCGCCGAGACGGAUGCAACAGUUGUGGCCGAAACCAUCACCCCCAAGGGAUCCAACAGCGCCGCCCUCGUCGCAUUCGUCCAUCUCGAUUCUACCGAGUCUGAAGAGGCUCACACGGCGUCGGUGCAAAAGAUCAGCGAGGGGUUGAUCGACCGGUUGUCGGAAAAGGUGCCGGUGUACAUGGUCCCAAGCUCCGUGAUCCCCGUCUUCCAGCUCCCGAUGAUGACAACGGGCAAGACGGAUCGCAAGCAACUUCGAGCCAUCGGCGAAUCUGUGUACCUGCAGUACAAGGACACCGUCGACAAGAACGAGCCGACCGAGACGCUGAAUGACGUCGAGACUAUUCUUCAGCAAGUCUGGAUGUCGGUUCUCAACCUCACGGCGCACGAAGCCUCCGUCAACAAGGCAUUCACCCGUCUCGGCGGAGAUUCCAUUACAGCCAUGCAAGUCGUCUCCCAGUGCAAGCUUCACAACAUUGCCUUCACCGUCACCGACAUUCUUCAGGCGAAGACGAUUCGCCAGCUCGCUAUCCGUUGCCGCGUCGUUUCGAGGUACAACUCCAUGGGCGAUAGCUCGCAGAACUCGGAGGACGAGGAUGAAGUUCUUCAGCCGUUUGACGUCUCGCCCAUUCAGCAGCUGUACUUUGACGCCUACCCGGAGGGCCUCGACCACUUCAACCAGACAUUCGUAUUUGAGCUGAGCAAGCGAAUUGAGCCGGAGCUCUUCCAUGGCGCUCUUAAAGCAGUCGUCAAACGUCACGCGAUGCUCCGUGCUCGCUACAACAGGGACGCUGACAGUGGCCGCUGGACGCAGACGGUGGUGGAAGAAGACGCAGAGCAGUCUUUCAUAUUCACCAAUAACGUUGCGAAGGACCGGCAGGAGAUUGGCAAGGCCGCUCAUGAGCGACAACUGAGCCUUGACAUUCGGAACGGACCCGUAUUCGCCUGCGAUUUGUUCCAACUUGCCGACAGUCCUCAGGUCAUUGUCCUAUCGGCCCAUCAUCUCGUCAUCGAUCUCGUUUCCUGGCGUAUUGUCUGGGGAGACAUUGAGGAUUACGUCGCACACGGAAAGCUGCUGGGCGAGCCGACCACAUCGUUCCGAUCCUGGUGCAGACGUCAGGCCAGGGUCGCCACCAACAUGUCGCCCAUGUCCGUCCUUCCAUACUCCAUCUCGGAGCCGAAUCUUGAUUUCUGGGGUCUACCCCUUUCCGAGAACAACUUCACCGACCUGACCGUCUUCACCGAACUCUUCAACAAGGACAUAAGUGACGCCCUGUUUGGUGACAGCAACGAUAGUCUUCACACGGAGCCCAUCGACAUCAUUGUCGGCUCCAUGAUGCACGCAUUCCUCCAGUGCUUCCCCGAGCGUGAUGUUCCCCUCAUUUGGAUGGAAGGUCACGGCCGAGAGCAGUCGGACGAGCUUCCUCUGGAUGUGUCCGGAACAGUCGGCUGGUUCACCACGAUUCAUCCUCGCAAGACACCCAUCACCAUGGACAGCUCCGUCGUCGACGCCAUCAUGAUGGCGAAGGAUAUGCGCCGCAAGAUCCCCGGCAAGGGACAGCCGUACUUUGCGUGCCGGUACCAUAGCGAGUCUGGCCGCGAGGCAUUCCAGGGCCACGACGUUGCCGAGAUGAUGCUCAACUUUACCGGCCGAUACCAACAGCUCGAGGCCGAGGAGGGCCUAUUCAAGAGACCAGAUCAUCUGCGCGACGUUGAACGUGAGAUCAGCGAGGUAUCCGCCUCAGCCAAACGAUACACCUUGAUCGAGAUCAGCGCGGACGUCGAAGAGGGCCUGUUGGGUGUGUCGUUUACGAUCCACAAGAAAAUGAAGCACCAGGACCGCCUCCGACAAUGGUCCAAGGUAUUUUCUCAAACCCUCGCGACGGCCACGAGCGACCUGAUUCGGCUCCCAAAGAGCUUUACCCUCACCGAUCUUCCGCUUCUUCCACUGUCAUACUCUGGGUUGAGCACCAUGCUGGAGAGGCAGCUGCCAAACAUCGGCAUCUCGACCCAGGACAUCGUUGACAUAUACCCCUGCUCGCCGCUUCAGGAGGGCAUCUUGCUCAGCUCUCAGAAGGAGAUGGCCUCCUAUGCUACCUUUUCCGUCUGGAGCUGCGUCCCCCACGAGACGUCCUCGGCCGAAAUCUCUCCCUCUCGAAUGGAGGCCGCUUGGAAGAUUGUUGCCGCACGGCACACCAUCCUGCACACUGUCUUUACCCUGCACCCCGAAGGCAACGGGUUCAUUCAAAUUGUUCUCGCAAACCCCAAGUUUCAAGUUUUCCAGAUGACGACAGAAGCCGAAAAUCCUGCCAUUGCCUUGUCGGCUCUCCCUCGUCCCGCAUUUGCGCCCAACGAACCGGAGCAUGCAUUUACCAUCUGCCGAUCGACAACAUCGCACGAGGUUGCUUGUCGCCUGGAUGCCAACCACACGCUCAUCGAUGCGACGAGCAUGUCAACCCUUGUUCCGGAAAUCAUCACUGCCUACUACAAUGAGGAGAUGGCCCCGGCUGCCCAGUUCGUGGACAUGAUCCGCUACAUCGGCUCGAUUCCCCGAGCUCAGCGAAUUGCGUCAUGGACGAAGCUGCUUGAUGGCGUCCAGCCGUGCGAGUUUCCCGUGCCCUACCAAAACCUGGAAGAUGCUACCGAGGGCCACGGUGACGUCUCGAUCCCGGCCAGCGCCAUUGAAGGCGUGGGAAGCUUCUGCAAGAAUCUCGGAAUCACCCGUUCUGUCUUUUGCCAGGUCGCCUGGUCCAUGGUCCUAGGCUACUUCACCGGUCAGAAGGAGGCCUGCUUCGGAUAUCUCGCCUCGGGUCGCGAUUCGCCUCUCGAUCGUAUCUUCUCCAUUGUUGGUCCACUCGCCAACCUGCUCAUCAGCCGUGUCGAUCUGCGAUUGCCGGUGAACCAAGUGUUCGAGACAGCUUCCGAGACCUCCAUCCAGCACCUGUCCAUCCAGCACGCUUCCCUUGCAGAGAUCCAGCACCAUCUCGGUCUCUCAGGUCGUCGGCUGUUCAAUACUGCUCUGUCGACGCGAGAGCCUGACAAGCUCAAGGGAGACACCAAGAAAGGCUUUACGUUUGAGACGUACAAUGGCGAAGACCCUCAUGAGUAUGACCUUGGUCUUAGCGCAAACCUCAUUGACAGUGAAAAUAUGGACGUUGUUUUGGAGUUCUCCGCCUCUGUCGGACCCCAGCUGGCACAUGAGGCCGCUGCUGUUCUCACCAAGGCCAUCCAGUAUCUCUUGGCCACAAGCACUGACGAGGCUGCAUUGUCGAGCUCCCAGGAGUCGCUCUCCGACGGAUUCUUCAAGCAUCUGGUCGGCGUUGACGAAGACUCUGCAAAGACCUUCUGGACCAACCAGCUAUCUCAGGUGGAAGGUUCGCACUAUCCCCCCAUCAAGGCAGUUGGAUUCCAGCCUCGACCAGACAGCCAAGUGAAGCUCCAGAUGUCCGAUCUGGAGUGGGCCAGCCGUGAAGGCUAUUCGGCUACGACGGUGGUAAGGGCCGCAUGGUCGUUGCUGACGAGCCGACUGCUUGGUUCCAAUGAAGCGCUGUUCGGAGCGACAGUCAGGGGCAGCCACUCCAUGGUGCCAAUCCGGGUGUCGCUCAAGGCCCAGGCCAGUGUCACUGAGCUUCUCCAGUCCAUUCAGCUCCAGGCAGACAACAUGGCACCGUUCGAGCGCACUGGCAUCCAGCAUAUUCGGUCAUUGAGCGAGGACGCUGCCCUGGCAUGCGACUUCAAAUCCGUCUUGCACGUGGCUAACAAGAAAAAUGCCGAGAGUGAAGCUGACCAGGAUCCCACGGAAACACUGCAGAAUGCACUGAUGGUCAGCAUUCUGCCCCGUGCCGAUUCUGCCGAUGUCAGCAUCCGAUUCGACUCUUCCGUCGUCGGAGAGCAGCAAGUCGCCCGUAUGGGUCACCAGCUGGAGCAUGUUCUCCGCCAGCUCCUCAACACAAGUCUGGACGAACGCAAGGUAAAGGACUUGGCCAUGGUUGGCCCGAAGGACCUUGCUCAGAUCUGGUCUUGGAACGCCGUCGUACCUGCGCCUGUCGAAGCUUGCGUCCACGACUUGAUCGUUCAGCGAGCUGUCGAGCAACCUCUAGCCGUCGCUGUCGAAGGCUGGGACGGCAGUUUGACGUAUUCUCGACUCGAUGAGCUGUCUAACAAUCUUGCCCACAGGCUCGUCAAGCUGGGAGUAGGACCGGGAAGCAUCGUGCCGCUGUACUUUGAAAAGUCCGUCUGGAUGCCCGUUGCCGUCCUCGGCGUCAUGAAAGCCGGAGCAGCAUCUGUUGCCGCCGAUGUGAGCACGCAGCCGGAAGAAAGACUGCGCACCAUUGCGGCGCAGGUCCAAGCCAAGGUUUGCUUGUCGUCCGUGGCCAACCAAGACCUGGUCCGACGUCUCGGCAUUGAUGAAGUCGUCAUCGUCGGCCCCGAGGAGUUCGAACCUCGGGCAGCGGAGGAAUCGACUGCCCAGCUUCCUGAGGUAUCACCCGCAAGCCUCCUUUAUUUGAUCUUCACCUCCGGCAGCACGGGAACACCCAAGGGCGCCAUGGUCUCCCACAGAAACUUCUCGGCCGCCAUUGCCUACCAGAGGGAGGCUCUCGGAUACAGACAGGGUUCUCGCGUCUUGGACUUUUCGUCCUACGCCUUUGACGUGUUAUGGUCCAACCUGCUCAACUCUCUCACGGUCGGUGCCACAAUCUGCAUCCCGUCCUCGGAGGAGCGUCAGAACGACGUCACCGGCACCCUCAGCAAGUACAACGUCACGCUUGCCGACUUCACACCCUCCAUUGCUCGUCACACAACCGGCCUGUCCAAUCUGACGACGCUCGUGCUCGGCGGUGAGGUGGUACUCUCGACUGAUCGUUCUUUGGCCGGCGCGGAUGCGCAAGUGUACUCGGCGUACGGGCCGGCCGAAUGCACGCCCACGGCCACCAUCCUCGACCUUUCAGACGUCAGCGAGGGAGGACUCGGCCGUGCCGCCGGUCUGUGCUCUUGGAUCGUGGAACCGGACAAUUUCGGCGCCCUCGCACCCAUCGGUGCCGUCGGCGAAUUGGUUCUCGAAGGGCCCUUGGUUGGAGACGGCUAUCUCGGCGACCCGGAGAGGACAGCGGCAGCGUUCAUCCAUGAUCCCGCCUGGCUCUCGCGCGGCGACUCUGGACGGCACGGCAAGGUCUACCGCACAGGCGACCUUGUGCAGUACAGGGAGGACGGAUCUCUCGUGUUUGUCGGCCGCAAGGAUACUCAAGUCAAGAUUCGCGGCCAGCGCGUCGAGCUGGAAGAGGUCGAGCACGGCGUCAAGGGCGCUCUCGAGGUGUCCAGCAGCAGCUACGCCAACGAAGUCGUCGCCGAGGCCAUCAAGCCAAAAGCAACCGACAGCACCGUCCUGGCUGCCUUUGUGUCCCUUGGUGACACAACCGACGAUCACGACGUGGCGGUGAAGAACGCGACAAGCGGCAUCAGCGACCGGCUUUCGCAAAUACUGCCGCCGUACAUGGUUCCCGCCAUCUACAUCCCCGUGCAGAGGAUGCCACGGAUGCCGACUGGCAAGGUGGACAGACGCGCGCUGCGCUCAAUCGGUGCGGCGCUCACCACCAAGGACAUGGCGGCCCUCAACCGGGUCGACGGCGAGCGUCGUCCACCACAAACGGACACUCAGCGCUUGAUUCAAGGCAUCUGGGCUGAGAUUUUGAAGGUUGAACCCGACAGCAUCAGCAUUGAUGACAGCUUCUUCAGAAUCGGCGGUGACUCCAUCGGGGCCAUGCGGGUCGUCGGGCUCGCCCGCCAGAAGGACCUCGAGUUGACGGUGAGGGAUAUCUUCCGGAACCCCAUCCUAAGUGAUCUGGCUGCUUUGGAUCCUUAG